CAAUGCGCUUGGAGGAGUGGCUCCGCGCUCCGUUUUAUUAAAGAGAUAUAACGUUUGAUCCUCAGAGGGUUUCUGCAGACAUGGAGCUUCUACCACUUCUGAUUCCGAGCUUCUGUUUCCUGACUUUGUCCGGACUGACGUUUGGGGCAGAAUCCGUGACAUCUGUGAUUGUGAAAGAAGAUGAUGAUGCCAUUUUGCCCUGUUCCCUCAGCACCAAUGAGAACAUUGAGUCAAUAGUGUUUGACUGGAAGAAGGAAGAAACAGUCCAGGUGUUCAUGUAUAAUAAGGGUGACCAUCACAAUAAUGGCCUCACAGAUCAAAAUGAGCAGUUCAAAAGUCGAGUCACACAUUUUCCAGAAGAGCUGAAGCACGGCAAUGCAUCCAUAAGAAUAAAAGAAACUAAGCGGGAGGACAAAGGAAACUACACCUGUUUUUUUCCAAAAAGCAGAAAAAUAUUCAAUGUUGAGCUUGUUGUUGGUGCAGCACCAAAGCCGUAUGUCAAAUUGCUUAAGGAAAAAGGUUUGCUGGAGUGUGAAGUUCCAGGUGCUUAUCCUAAACCUACAGUAGAGUGGCAGGACAGUGAUAACAAAACACUUUUUUCUAAGACGUUGCGAGACAUAGAAGAUAAAAAUCGCUUUUACAUCACCAUCCAAACUAGUGUGACUAAGCCCGGCUGCUACCGCUGUGUAGCAACACAGAUGGCCAAAUGGCAUCAGAUUCCUUCAGAGACCUGUGUCCCUGAUGAACCAUGGAAGAUUGUAGCUGGUGUUCUUGCUGUUGUUCUUGCUGUUGUAGUAGUUGGGAUUCUUGUCUGGUGUUACUUCAAGAAUAAAAAAAAAACAAACAAGGAGUCCUCUGAACCCUCAGCCCAGGAACUGAAACUCAAUGCUGAUCAAAGUGUGUGAAGUACGGUGUGUGUGUUGCUUAUGUUUGUUUUAUGAGAACCAAAUUAAGUUUUGGAGCACAGCAGCUUGGACAUGUUGGAUUAUGUUUGAUAUUUUCAGCAGUUUAAAAGUUCAGAACAGCUUUUAAUUCUGUGGUUUAGCACAUUGUUAAAAGUCAGGAUGGAGGGAUGUAGUUUCUGCUGCAUUUGUGCAAAAGAAAUAUUUCCUGUUCAGUCACCACAGCCAUUUUUCUAAUACUUUGAUCAUCAUCACUUCACAUAUAUCUGUGUAAAAAAUAAAAGUAUAAAUGUUUAUCUCAAA